AUGAUUUUGAGGUUGCCGUUCAGACAAAUCAGAAAUGAAUACUUAAUAAAUACUACUAAGCAGAUAAUAGAUAGUAAAUGCUCAGUAAACACUGUCGACCAUUUGGUUCGUCAUAUUUCGGUAUCAACAAUUUUCUGCAAGAAAAGAAAAACUGCAGAGGAAAAGGCUAUAGAGAACCAUGGUAGGCGUGUAAUACGAUAUUCUCCUAAAGCUGGUUCAGAAGUGGUAGGAAUAUGGAGAAAUAUGACUGUUCAAGAUCUAGCUAAUGUGCUUAAGAAGGAUAUUGAUCAUAUCUAUAAAGCUCUCGAAUUUGCGGACAAAAAUUCUGACACGGUAUACAAGAGAGAUACAGUUAUACACAAUCCACAAAUAGUGAGGGAAGUUGUAAAAAUAUCUGGCUGCAGGUUCAAGCUUGUCGCAAGACCUGAUGAACUAACCGAAGAAGAGGAGAAUAAAGAUGCGGUUCCAGCGCCACCGUCACCGGAGUCUGCGCUCCGCCCUCGACCACCAGUUGUUUGUGUUAUGGGCCAUGUUGACCAUGGCAAGACCACACUUCUCGAUGCCCUCAGAGACACCGCUGUGGUGGACCAAGAAUUUGGAGGGAUCACGCAACAUAUUGGUGCUUUUGAAGUGAAGUUGAAGUCAGGUGAGACGGUGACGUUCCUGGACACGCCGGGGCACGCGGCUUUCAGCGCGAUGCGUGCGCGUGGAGCCUGCGCCACUGAUGUGGUCGUGCUGGUGGUGGCCGCAGAUGAUGGUGUCAUGGAGCAGACGGUGGAGUCCAUACGCAUGGCCAGAGAGGCUAACGUUCCGAUACUUGUGGCGAUCAACAAAAUCGACAAGCCAGGUGUGAACAUUGAGCGCACAGUGAAUGCGCUGGCGCAGCACGGGGUGGUGUGCGAGGAGCUGGGGGGCGAGGUGCAGGCCGUGCGCCUCUCCGCACUGCGCCGGCUGCAUCUCGACACCCUGGUGGAGGCUCUCACGCUGCAGGCGCAUCUCAUGGACCUCAAAGCUGACCCUGGAGGGUAUGUGGAGGGAGUGGUCCUUGAAUCGCAGGUCGAUCCACGACUCGGGAAGCAAGCUACAGUUCUGGUACAGAGAGGUACACUGCGCAAAGGUUGCGUACUUGUAGCGGGUGCGGGGUGGGCUAAGGUGCGCAUGCUGCAGUGUGGGGAGGGGUCAGUGGUGCAGGAGGCGGGUCCAGCGCGCCCAGUCAGUGUGCUGGGCUGGCGCGAGCUGCCAGCAGCUGGGGAUAUGGUACUCGAAGUCAGCUCCGAGAAGCGUGCCAACGAAGUGAUGAGAUGGCGUCACAGCCAGCGUAUGAAAGAGAAGCAGGAGGAGGACCUGGAGGUGAUCAGCGCCAAGGAGGCUGAGCACCGCGCUCAGUACAAGGCGCGGCUGGCUCACAAGCGAGCGCUCGGCCGGCUCAGACUGAGGCCCGAUGGUCCCAGACAGAAGCAGAUACAAGAGGACACGCAUCCCACACUCAGUGUUAUCGUUAAAGGUGAUGUGGACGGUUCAGUGGAGGCGAUUCUGGACAUCUUGGAGACGUAUGACGAACAUGACCGUGUACGUCUCGACCUCGUACACUACGGUGUAGGACAUGUCACACCCAACGACAUUGAGAUAGCGAAAGCGUUCAAUGCAGUGAUAUACGCAUUCAACGUGGAGUGUCCUACGACUGUGGCGGCGGAGGCGCGGCGCUGCGCUGUCACUGUCAUCUCACACAAUGUCAUCUACCGCCUUGUAGAUGACAUCAAGCAGCAGAUCAGCUCCAGGAUACCUAAACGCCAGGAGGAGGAGAUUAUCGGCGAGGCGAGUGUGUUGCAACAGUUUGUAGUGUCUGAGGGGAAACGUCGUGUGCCAGUUGCGGGAUGUCGUUGUGUUCGCGGAACACUCGCUAGACAUGCUCUGUAUAGAAUUAUACGCAACGGACAAGUUUUAUACGAAGGUAAAUUAGCUUCAAUGAAACACCUCAAAGAAGAGGUGACAACAAUAAAACGAGACAUGGAGUGCGGACUGCGCUUUGACACAGAGUUCGAGGUGGAGGCUGGAGACACAGUCACCUGCUACAAGAUGGUCGAUGUCGACGACCACACAGACUGGGAUCCAGGCUUUUAAUAUGUUUCAGAUAUUAGAUAAUAAAUUAUAGACAAAAUUA